AUGUUCAAUACGACCUGCGCUGCGGCCAUCUGCUGUCUCGCCUUGUCCAGGGUACUUGAGAACAAAGUAUCGUUCCCAGGAAGCGCAGCCUACACAGCAUCACUGGGAUCAUACUUCUCCCAACAGGAGGCAGCCGUCCGUCCACACUGCAUCGUCUCACCCCAGUCUGCGCGAGAUGUAUCAAAGGCCGUGAUUGUGCUCACAACGGGGGGCGCAAAUAUCCAUCAUGGUGAUCAGCAGAACCCCGUGCCCAGGCCAGACUGUCAGUUUGCGGUACGAUCCGGAGGACAUGCCAGCUUCGCAGGUGCAGCCAACAUCCACGGAGGCGCAACCAUCGAGCUCAGCGGCCUCAAUGCCAUCACGAUGAGCAGUCGGGGUUUUGUGUCUGUUGGCGCUGGCACAACAUGGGGCGAGGUAUACUCGCGGCUCGACGCCGUAGGUUUGACAGUGGGUGGGGGUCGCUCCUCCAGCGUGGGGGUCGGCGGGUUGUCUGUCGGCGGAGGCAUUUCGUACCUGGGCCCCCGCGUGGGAUGGACUUGCGACACCAUCAUCAAUUUCGAGGUGGUGCUUGCCAACGGCUCCAUCAUCAACGCUAACCACCACCAGCAUGCGGACCUCCUGUGGGCUCUCCGUGGCGGCUCCAACAACUUUGGCAUUGUCACCAGCGUCGACUUGCGGGUGUUUGAGCAGGGACAGCUCUGGGGCGGCUUUGUCGACAGGCCCUUUUCCACCGUCGACGACCAGGUGGUUGCCUUGUCCGACUUCAACAACCCGGCAAUCUACGACGACUAUGCGUCCUUGCUCACCACGUUUGCCUAUUCGGGGAAACAGGACGUCAAGGUCGUGGUCAACAACAUGGAGUACACCAGGCCGGUGGUGAAUCCGCCAGUGUACCAUGCCUUGUCAAGGCUGCCCUCUCUGUCCAACACACAGCGAAUAACCAACAUGUCAGAUCUGGCGGCAGAGACCGAAUCGAGGGAUAUCAAGGGCUUCAGCGGAUCCAGGCAGGCAACGGCCACCGUUACCAUUCAGUCUUGUGUCGACGCCAUCAAUGCGACCGUGAGAGCAUGGGAUGCCCUCGUGCCAUCAGUACGCCAGAUACCGGGGCUUGUGUGGGCAAUCGCAAUGGAUCCCAUCCCUCCAGCACUCUACACGCGGCACGCUGAGGCCAAUGCCCUCGGGCUGGCCAACCGUGGCGAGAAACCCCUGAUCAUCGUUAUGGCGACUGCGACCUGGUCCAAUGCCGCAGAUGACGAAUCCGUCAACAUGGCGAUGAAGAAGCUGAUUGCAACCGCCGAGUACAGUGUGGGCCAGAUGGGCAAGCUGGACCCCUUCAUCUACAUCAACUAUGCGGCGCAAUGGCAGAACCCCAUCGCCAGCUACGGGCAGGCCAGUGUGGACAUGCUUCUCGAGACGCAGCGCAAGUACGACCCUCGACGUGUUUUUACUCGCAUGGUCCCGGGUGGAUUCAAGCUCGCCCACUCCGUGACACAAUGA